CCAAUUUCGAACAGAUCAACACAUGGACUUCGUUCAUAACUCUUCUCUUCCUCUUCAACCUCUUUCUCCAACUCUUAGCUCCAAAACAGGUCAAGUCUUCACUCAUACACCUCGACGGAAUAAUGCAUUACCUCUUAUCGAGCUUCUCCGUUACCAAAACCAUGCUAUCUCCAAUCGUAUCAACAAUUCCUUUGAUUCUCGGAAAAUCUCCUCCUCUUCUGCAUAACAUCUGCCAAAUCAAGCAAUCUGACUUCAGAUAUCCCACAGAUUCGACACGGAGGUCACGGCCUUCCGUUCUAUCUCCUCUAUACUCAGCUUCUCCGGCAAUUUUGCCAGAUAUUCGGUCCAAUUUGGUGACGGAACCGUCGAAAGCUUUACAAGGUUUGGAGGAGAAUAUUGAGAAGACAAUAUUUGGGUGCCGAUUCUUCGCCCUUUUCGCUGUUUUUGGUUCUCUGGUUGGCUCUUUCCUCUGUUUUAUUAAGGGAUCCAAUUAUAUUUACUCUUCUUUCCAAGAUUACUUUGUUAACCGAGGGAAGGUUAUCUUCACUUUGGUCCAGGCCAUUGAUGUCUAUCUUCUAGGAACAGUUAUGUUGGUUUUUGGUAUGGGUCUCUACGAGCUUUUCAUCAGUAAUCUCGACGUAGCAAAUACACUAUCCGAGGAAAAAAAGCACUACAGGUCCAGCUUUUUUGGUCUCUUCAUGUUACAGGGAAAGCCUAAAUGGUUACAAAUUAAAACCGUGAAUGAGUUAAAGACUAAACUUGGACAUGUAAUAGUGAUGCUACUUCUUAUUGGAUUUUUCGAAAAGAGCAAGAAAGCAGCCAUACAUACAGCUACAGAUUUGUUUUGUUUUGCAGCAUCUGUUUUGCUUUGUUCUGGUUGUUUAUAUCUUCUUUCUUUACUAACUGAAUGUAAAAACUAGGUUAAAGUUGUCUAUGUAUGUUUACUAUGUUUCAACAUAGAAAAAGACAAUGAUAUGAGAUUUUGAUCUUUUGUUUAUUU